AUGGAGUGGAACUUAACAUUUAACCGGCCUAUUGGAUUUUUUAUCAUGGGGUUUCAGUCUUUGCCAGACAGUAAUUAUUAUUUCCUUUUUCUGGCUUUUGUUUACAUUGGAGCACUUCUAGGGAACUUCUUCCUGAUGAUGAUUAUAUGGCAGUCUGAGGCUCUUCACACACCGAAAUACAUGGUGCUGUUCAGUUUGUCCAUUGUGGAUGUGAGCCACAGCACUGCCCUCGUUCCAAAAUGCAUCAAUCAGUUCCUUUUUGACUCAGGAUUUGUGACAUAUGACUCAUGCCUGACUCAGAUGUUCUUUGUUCACUUUUUUUAUGUCACUGAAUCCUACUCACUGGUCAUCAUGGCUUUUGAGAGGCUGGUCUCCAUUUGCUUCCCCCUGCGCAGUGGGACGAUCAUCACCAAUACACGCAUGUUUGGCAUCAUUGUUUUCAGCUGGGCUCUGGCCUUUGCAAUUCUCUUAGCAGCCUUAGUGUUGAUCACUCACCUGUCAUUUUGCAAACCUAUUCCGACGGUGAUAAGCUACUUUUGUGACCAUGGGCCAGUGUUCAAGAUGGCUUGCAGUGACAACUCUCCAAACUGGGAGAUAGCCAUUUUAUUCAUGGUUGCCGUUAUUUUUUUGCCACUAGCUUUCAUCGUGCUGUCAUAUGUUUGCAUCAUUGCUGCAGUUUCUCGUAUCACAACUACAGAUGGACGAUGGAAAACAUUCAAAACCUGCUCGGCACACUUGAUUUUGGUGGCAAUUUUUUUCAUGCCCGUUCUAGUUACUUACACCAUUGCAUGGAUUUACAUCAAAAUUGAUGUUAAUACUCGAAUCCUGAACACAUCUUUGUCAGCAGUGCUACCUCCUUUUCUCAACCCCAUCAUUUACACACUAAAGACGGAAGAGAUGCUGGAGCAAAUCAAAAGGCUUCUCAGAAAGUAUUCAGUAAAGCCACUGUGGUGA